CAAAAAAUACAAGAAAUGACGUUUGAGUUAAAAAGGCGAACUUUGAUAUCUGUUGUCUGUGUCUAAAAUUAACCACGUGACAUAUAUUCUGACAUUGUGAGGUUAACUAGCGUUGGAGUUUCCUUACAGAAAAGAUUUCUCUUCAUGGCCAAAUUGAAACAGUUGAUUGUCGUAGGGGUUGUAUGAGCUUUGAGUAAACAGAAGUUUUAUUUUGAAUUAAUGUAUGCACCAAAAAGGGGCUGGUUAUAAUUUGACUUUCUGGGUACACAAAAACUCUUUCAACAAUGAGCGAUGAUGACCGAGAUGUUGAUGUUGAAAGCGAUGAUGGUGAGGAUUCAGAUUCUCGACAACCAACUCCUAGACAAUCUUCAGGAAGUCAAUAUUACUCUCAGGUGGCAGAAAAAAGGGCUCAUCAUAAUGCAUUAGAACGCAAACGCAGAGACCAUAUUAAGGACAGUUUCAGCAGUUUACGUGAUUCAGUGCCAGCUCUUAACGGCGAAAAAGCAAGCCGAGCCCAAAUUUUGAAAAAAGCUGCGGAAUAUAUCCUUUUUAUGAGGAAGAAAAACAGUUCUCAUCAGCAAGACAUUGAAGAUCUUAAAAGGCAAAAUAGUCUCUUAGAAGCCCAAAUUCGUACACUGGAAAAAGCAAAAUCGACAGGUAUAUUUGACACAGAUCUUGGAUUAAAAGCAGAAGUGCUUUAUAAUGAAACCGAAAGUGAAACUUCAGAUUUAGAAGGACCAGCACAACAAAGAAGAUCAAAAAAGUUAAAAGCGUUUCACUGAAUGUCACUUAUACUUGUGAAGAAUGCAUAAUUUUAAGAUUUUAUUUUUUUGUGGAUGUGUGAUGUAGAUAUUAAGAGAUAAGCAGUAGUUUAACCUAUGUAUUUUUGUUAAUUAUUAAAUUGUUAGAUACAAGUAGUCGUUUUUC